UUGGCCAAGAAGAUACAGACCCCUUAUUGUGCAGCUUGGACUUAACAUACCAGCUAACACAGCUACUAAAACUACUACCUUGGACACAGCCAAUGCACAACAGGCUGUCUAUCAUCUCAACAGUGGCAGCGCAAUGGCUUAGUACAAUAAAUGUUAAUGUUUCCGCUUCCCAGCAGCUCAUUCAUCUUUACAACGCAACACUUCUCAUGUAUCAGCAUCAACCAAUCCUACAUGCAAUAAACACGUCUGCUGUGAACAUAAUACAGAUGUUACAGGAAAGCGGGAAUCUACUUAAUGUCACCGUGAAUGGAGCAGACGCUGCAGUUAACCUUCUAGCUGUUAUUUUACAGGCAGGUGAUUUUGAGGCCACUAAGUACAACAUUUCUGAUGUGUUAACCUAUAAUAUCAGUGAUCUUCUGGAGAGCAUUCGAUUACAGCUUGAUGUUGUUCAGUGGGCUAUGCUGCAAGUGGCCAACAAGACAGCUUUAUUGGAAAGUAACCCAGGUGCCUAUGUAAUGCAUACAAUCACUCAAUGGAUACUAAAGAACUACCCGUACAUUAAUGCAAUUAUGCAGGAUACACAAUCUGUGAUAAAUUCAUUCAAUGGUUCUUUUAAUCUGACAAGCUUGAUACAUUUAAUUAAUUCAACAGUUCACAUCGAGCAGGUCCAGUUGCUUAUUAAUCAGGCUGCAGCGGCAAUGAAAAAUUCAUCAAAUGUAUCUUUCCCUGUCAACUUGAUUUUGAAUGAAAAUAUUCAAGAUGAUACUGAGUUGGCUUUGCAGAUUUUGCAAGAGUUUAACCAUAUUAAUUUAUCUAUGACUUUAUCAUCAAUUGAUAAGGCGCUCCAUGUUUUACAAAGAUUGCUGACAAUUGACUUAGGGCCCUUGCAUCAGUUCAACAACAAUGCCACGCUAGUAAAGAUAUACAACAUAGUAAAAGAAGGCAUGAGCAUUCUCAACAAUAUUCAGGAGAAAGGAAGCAUCAAUAAAGAAAUGGUUUAUAGGAUGUAUAAUUUUACCUACCUGCUAGUCCAGGACGAGUGGAAUUGGACUCCAUUUCAGAACAUAUCUGCAAUGGAAGCUGAGCUUCUAGAUGUGUGGUUCUUAGCUAUGAGUCCUUUCCUAGGAGGAACUGAGUCCCAAGAAUACAUAGGUAACUGUUCAGCCCAGGAUGUGCUAAAUAUACUGGUUGAGACAAUAUUUCAUGAUGCCACAGGGAAUGAAUCCAUCUGGGAAGGAAAUUGCCUAUGGAGGUUCGUUUAUAAUAGUUCAGACCCCAAUUUACAAAAUAACUACACGCUUAAUGAAAUGAUUUACCUCGCCCUGCAAAGUUCUCCAGUAUUCCAUAACAUCAGCACGGAAGGAAGUUUGCACCCAUUAGCAGGAGAGAUGGCUUGCUUAUUGCAGCUGAUGGAGAUCUCUGUUAUUGCACUUGCAAGUUUAAAUAAUGCUUCUGGGUUGAACAUACCAGUAAUCCGGUCUCUGAAUGAUAGCCUUGCCUUCAUCUGUGAUGGAGUAACGGAACACAAUACCACAUUUCAUGAAGAAGUACACUUGGUACAUCUUCUAGAUCAAAUACUUUUAAAUCGGUCUAACUCAAUUCAAUUGUUCAUGUUAUUUUUUGUGGAAAUGGCUGACUUAAACAUACAGACUUUAGAUUUACAAAGUGACUUGGCAGAAGUGUCAAGCAUUGUGAAGACCUUGGCUACAUUGAAUGGACAAGAUCGUGUUCUUGAACUUAUUGAAAAAGUUCUUAAUAUAACGCAUCAACCCUAUUUCCUUCAAUCUUGGAAUGCGUUGGACAGUUUCUUAUUUAUGAAUUGGACAGCAUCUGAAAUUAAUGACUCAAUUUCUAAUCUGGAAAAACUAAGAAAAGUGAUAACAAUUCUGGUCAACAGUGGCAUGGAAGCAAAACCUAUCCAGAUUUAUCAAGCAAUCGUUUCACUAUUGAAAACUCAAAACACUACAUUACUUAACAUGGGAAGCCCCUCAGAAAUGAAUGCGUCCUCGGUGAUACAGUGUGGCGUUGUUCUGAGCGCAGCUUUCAGGUUUUCUGACUCUCUCUGGGUAGCAUUAGACCCACAACACUCAAGUUUGAAUCAACAGUUCCUGUCAAAUAUAAGUUCGUUAGUUUGUAACCUUGUGAACGUUCGGUCCUUGAAUUAUACAUGGAAUUCAGACCUGGAAAUGAUUAUUCACGCUCUACAAUAUGUGGCAAAUGUAAUACCAUCUGAGGUGUCCAACUAUUUCACAGCUGCAGAGAAGAUCCUUUCAUUAUUAUUUGGCCUUCCAAGUUCUAUGAAUUCCACAGAGGAUAUGGUAAUGGUUGUUUUUGAACUACUCAUAGAAGAAUUAAGAAUCUUCAAUAGGACCAACACUAUAGCAAGCUGGUUGGAAGUGAUACCCCUACGUAGCAUCUAUUUGUUGUUAAAGGAUAUAAGCAGUGACUUUAAAGCCACAGCACCAGAGCAUCAGACCACCAUUACAGAAAGCAACAUCUCGAAUGUCCUUUUGGAAGCCCUGAAUGCCACUUCAUACCCCCAAGCCUUAUCAUCCUCAUCAACCUUGACCUUGGUGCCCAGCAGUGUUUCUGGACUCACUAAUAUAACUCAACAUCUUCUGAGUCUCACUUUACACAAUGUGCUUUUGCCUGAACCCUAUAGUACAGUAUUGCAUUGUUUGAAGAAUGCAACACAAGUUCUUGCCGCUUCCCCAUCAGGGCACCUUGAAGGCAUAAUUCAGCUAAUCCAGGAUGUUUUUACUCAAAGUAAUAAAUCGGCAAAUGCAUCAAUGAUUCCCCAUUUGCUCAAAGAAAAGAUAUAUCAAUUACAGACCCUAAAAACUCUCGUGUGUGGAUUAAGUGGUACAAACUCUACCCAGUCCUGUUUCAUGGUUUGCCAGGACAACGCGUUGUUACAAAGCAUACUAGACCUUGUAGUUACGAGCAUAGAAGGUUUGGCCACCAUAGUUGACACCAGUUCAUCACUGACCAUGAAAACAGUCCUAGAAACAAUUUCGAAGUUUCCCCAAGAAGUCUUGUCUUCUAUAAUUCCUCUUGAGGACCUCCAGAAUGUUACUUUGACAUUGUCUACAUUUAUUAACGUCUCAUCCACUAGCAAGCAAGCUACUGUACAAGAUGUGUUUCACAACAGUAGCCGAGUGAGGAACCAGCUGAGUCGAGUGGUGAAACUCAGUCCGGGAAGUAUUGAAGCUUUGAUGAUGUUGCCAAUCGAUGAGGUUAAAAAGCAGGUUAUUUCGUGGUUUACGGACGCGGAUAAUUCUACUACUAACUUUUCCACUAUAGAUAAACUGCUGCCUGCGCAGGGCUACCAGAUGGCCAUCAUAUUUUUGCAGAAUGUGGAUAUUUACAAUUUGCUGUACAGAUUAAUUGUUCCUGCAACAUGGCAAGGGAAUAUUGAUCUUAUUGUGGCUUUGCUGAAGAAUAUGACGGACAUGAUUACACCCUUUCCUCAAGAGCGAAUUAACCAAAUUAUUCAGAUUCUGAACUUCCUUUUCCCUCAAAAUACAGUGAUGUCAAGAACCACCAAAGCCUCUACUGCCUCGUUCAUGGACAUUUCAAGGGCUCUGUGUAAUGGAAAUUACCAAAGUCUUGUCGCAGCUCUCAGCUCACUAUACCCUACCUUAAGAAUGACAAGUCAAGUCAAAGCACCGAGUAUUAAAGACACCUUUGGCAUUCCUGGUGACAAUAAAUUUUGCCUCGAACUGCUCUCAUCCCUGGUUAAUACAACCAGCGGUGCUAACUAUUGGAUCGUCCUUAAACCAAUGCUUUAUGGCCAAAUUCUUUACACACCAAAAACGGUGGAAACAGAGGAAAUAAUGCAAAAGACUAACAGAACACUGCAAGAGAUCUGGGGAGUUAAAAAUGAUGUUGCCUAUAUGACUACUGUUACCAAGAACAUGUUGACUAUGUGGCCUUUACUACAAAAUGUCAAAAUACUGAAGGAUAUUUUCGACAAUCAAUUUGUUAGAACACUUUUGGAGAAGUCUCUGGAUUUAAACAUUACUGAUAUAGCUGUUAAAUUAAACCAAACUGCAAACCUGGUUGAUUCGGUGAGGCCUUAUGUCAAGUACUUCGAGUUAUUUACAAAGAUUGCAGAUGUGUUGUCAAACUUGUUAUCCUGCGUGGGUUACAACCGUAUCCAUCCCAUGAACAACAGCACAGAAAUGGAGCAGAAGGCCAAACAGCUGCAGGAGACCAACGAUCUAUUUGCAGCUGUCACCUUCGAUCUCCCCGUGGGAAGCACCCGUCAGAGAAGAUCCGUUUCUGGGAAGCAGCCCCUGCCCAAAAAAAUAAAGUACAGCAUCACGAUGCGUUCCCUGCUCUCAGAAGAUACAACUUUCAUCAGAGACGACUACUGGAUUCCCGGUCCACACAACUUAGGCAACAAAUAUAGCCGAGGAUUUGUCUACCUACAGGAAAACAUUGAAAGAGCCAUCGUUGAAAUGCAGACCAACAAAAGCUUAGAUGAUUUAGUGGCGCGGUUUCAGCCCAUGCCGUACCCCUGUUACAAGAAAGACCAGUUCCUCGCUGGCAUAUUCUUCUCAUUUCCAGUUGCACUGAUGAUCGCUUGGGUCCUCUUUAUUGCUUUCUUUGUGAAGAAGCUUGUACACGACAAAGAAAUGAGGUUACACGAGUAUAUGAAGAUGAUGGGAGUCAAUUCUUGCAGCCACUUCUUUGCUUGGUUCAUCGAAAGCGCAAUCUUUCUGAUCAUUACUGUCGCCAUCCUCGUACUUAUUCUCAAAUUCGGCCAAAUCCUUCCAAACAGCAACGGGUUUAUCCUCUUCCUUUUUUUCCUGGAUUAUAGUAUGACUGUGAUUGCCAUGAGCUACCUCAUCAGCGUCUUCUUCCAUAACACCAGUGUGGCUGCUCUGAGCGGCAGCCUGAUCUACAUCAUCACCUUCUUUCCCUUCAUUGUAAUAGCCUCCAAGGAAAAACAAUUAUCUUUUGCUGCAAAGACUCUGUUAAGUAUUUUUUCCCCCACGGCAUUGAGUUACGGGAACCAGUUUAUUGUUAAUUACGAACAGCAAAAUAUAGGGAUUCAGUGGCACAACCUCUAUCAUUCCCCGGUGAUCAACGACAGUUUUAGUUGUGGCUGGAUAUGUUGGGUUAUGUUAAUAGACUCUCUCAUUUACUUUAUUGUUGGUGCCUACAUUCGCACAGUUUUCCCAGGAAAAUAUGGCAUUGGGGCUCCUUGGUACUUCCCUGUUCUUCCAUCCUACUGGUCAGAAUGCUGUGGAUUUUCAUCAGCUUGUUCCAAAAAGCCCAGUGGAAUGAUGUUCACAAAUCUCAUGGCUCAAGAAGACUCUCACAAAAAGGAUGCUGAAAAUAACCUCUCCCAAAAUUAUGAGCCAGAGCCAACUGGGCUCAAUGUUGGCGUCUCACUCCAUGGCUUAACAAAGAUCUACCAGUCAAAAGCGGCCGUUCAGAAUCUGAAUCUAACGUUCUACGAGGGUCAUAUAACAGCACUUUUGGGGCACAACGGUGCUGGGAAAACUACUACUCUUUCUAUGCUGACUGGGCUGUUCAGUGCCACCUCUGGUACAAUUUUUGUAUAUGGUGAGGAUAUCAGAACCCACCUGGACAAGGCAAGGAGGAGCAUGGGUGUCUGCAUGCAAUAUGAUGUACUUUUUGACUACCUGACAACAAGAGAGCACUUGCUGCUUUAUGGUUCUAUCAAAGCACCUCAAUGGAACAAGAGUCAGUUGCAUGAAGAAGUAGAAAGGACAUUGAAGGACACUGGGCUGUAUAGACAUAGCCACAAGCCAGUGAAAGCCUUGUCUGGUGGUAUGAGAAGGAAGCUCUCUAUUUGUAUUGCUAUGAUUGGUGGCUCCAAGGUUGUUAUCUUAGAUGAACCUACCACAGGAGUGGACCCAUGUUCAAGGAGAAGUAUCUGGGAAGUCAUCUCCAGAAACAAGAUGGACAAAACAAUCAUUUUGUCCACUCAUCACCUGGAUGAGGCAGAAGUUCUCAGUGAUCGGAUUGCUUUUCUGGAGCAAGGAGGAUUGAAGUGUUGUGGAUCUCCAAUGUUUCUUAAAGAUAGAUUCGGGAGUGGGUAUCAUCUUACUCUCACCAAAAAAUACCCAACUCAAGAGACUGAUGGCCAAUGCAAUUCGGAGGAGGUGACAGCUCUUAUCCAGUCUCAUAUCCCAGAAGCUAGACUGAAGGAGGACGUGGGUGGAGAACUUAUAUACAUCUUGCCCCCUUUCAAGACUGAAAUAUCGAAUGCCUAUUUAUCUCUCCUCCGGGCCCUUGACACCAGCUUGAAUGAUUUAAAUAUUGGUUAUUAUGGGAUCUCAGAUACCACCAUAGAAGAGGUCUUCCUGAAUCUAACGGAUGGAGUUGCUGAUGAUGAGCAGGAUAACGCUCCACUUCCCAGUACACCUGAGGUUAUUCCAAUAACCAAACGAGACAAUAAUCUUGUUAAUGAUGAGUCGUCUUCUACCAGCUAUAGCUUUCAAGACAGAGAUGACCAAGCGUUAACCGGAAGAGAGAAAAUCAAGGGUGUGAAGCUGACAUUCAAAAAAAUAAUGGCUAUAUUUAUUAAGAGGUUUCACCACUCAAAGCGAGACUGGAAGGGCGCCAUCUCUCAGAUCCUGCUCCCAGUGUUAUUUGUCAUUGCGGCAAUGGGGCUGGGAAGCCUUUCCAACGGAGACGCAAAUUACCCAGAACUUUUACUGUCGCCAAAUCUUUAUGGCACUACAGAACAAGCAGUGGUGUUUGGGAGCAAUAAUGCAAGGACUGACAAUCUAAUUUCUGCGAUGUUAUCACCACCUGGCAUAGACAAUAUGUGCUUGGACAACAAUGUGCAAUGUUUGAAAGAAGAUAGUUUGGGUUUUUGGAACUCAACUGGUGACCAGCAACAACCGUAUGGCACCUGCAACUGUUCAACUAGCUCUGCGGUAUGUGGUGUGCCGGAUGCUACACCCCCACACCGCAGAACUUACUCCAGGCAAAUGCUUUACAACAUCACUGGCCACAAGAUUGAAAAAUAUCUGUUAACCACCACUUUACAGUACAUCCAAAAGAGGUAUGGAGGCUGGAGCUUUGGAGAUACAGUCCAAAAAGAUAGCUUGGCGGAAAUUUUCGACUCCACCGCAAACAAGAUAACAACUACGGUCUGGUAUAACCCUGAGGGUCCCCACAGUCUACCAGCUUUCCUCAACAGCUUCAACAACUUCCUUCUGAGAGCGAACCUGCCAAGCAAUGAGUCUGAUCAAUAUGGGAUUUUUGUCUCAAACAAACCUCUCCCAGGCUCGGUGCCACUGGCAACCACGUCCAUUACCUUGGUGAAUAGUUUGGUAGCUCUCUCCAUCCUGGCGGGUUACUCCAUCACCACUGCAAGCUUUGCCACCUACGUAGUCAAGGAGCAUCACAAUGGUUCAAAAAGGCUUCAGCACAUUGCUGGUGUUGGAGAAGUCAUCUACUGGCUCACAAAUUUCUUCUAUGACCUGAUACUAUACUUUAUUCCCGUGGCACUUUCUAUCGCCAUGAUAGCGGCAUUUCAACUGCCAGCCUUCUAUAACUAUCCUAAUUUAGGAGCUGUCUCUUUAUUAUUCAUCCUGUUUGGUUAUGCGACAUUUGCAUGGAUGUACCUAGUAGCAGGUGCCUUCAAGAACCCAGGCAUGGCUUUCAUUGUGUAUGUUGGCAUCAACUUGUUCAUCGGCAUCAAUUCAAUCAUUUCAACAUCUAUAGUUUACCUUCUCACACAGCAGACGGGUACUUCUAACGCAAACUAUCAGAGUCUGAAUCAAACAUAUAACGCUCUCAUGAACGCCUUUAAGAUUUUCCCUCAGUUCUGCUUCGGGUAUGGGCUGAUACAGCUGUCCCAAGAGCAGGCUAUCCAGAAUCAACUGUCCUUAUAUGGGAAUACUGAGAAAAAUGAUAUCUUCAAAAUGGAUAUUUUAGGUUGGAUGUUAGCUGCCAUGGCCAUUGAAGGAACGUUCUUCCUAGCGUUACGACUCCUUAUCAACGAAGGGAUAAUUUUCAGUAUAAAGAGCUUCUUUAAAAAAACAUGUCUGAAGGGUUAUGACAUAGUAGCGAGAAAUCUUGAUGAAGAUGAGGAUGUUAAGACAGAGAGAGAACGGGUGGAAUCUCACAGAGCAGAAGGAGAUCUACUACAGCUCCAAGGUCUCACCAAGGUCUUUUAUCAAGUGAAUAAAAAGACAAUUGCUGUCAAUAAUAUGAGCUUGGGAAUUCCACCUGGAGAGUGUUUUGGUCUUCUUGGGGUGAACGGUGCUGGAAAAACAACUACCUUUAAAAUGUUGACGGGGGAUAUCAUUCCCUCCAAAGGAAAUAUACAAGUCAGAGACCAAACUGGGAAUCUGGUGAAUGUUUUGGGCUUUAACACAGACUGGUCUGCAUUUGGGUACUGCCCUCAAGAAGAUGCACUGGAUGAGCUAAUGACUGGAGAAGAACACCUAUAUUAUUAUGCGCGAAUACAUGGAAUCCCAGAUGAAAAGAUCAAAUCUGCGUGCCACAAACUUCUUUGCAAACUGCAUCUAUUACAAUACAAAGACAGAAUUACUGCCAAUUAUAGCUGUGGCACAAGGAGGAAACUUUCUACAGCCCUGGCACUUAUUGGAAGGCCUUCUAUUCUUCUUCUGGAUGAGCCUAGCUCAGGAAUGGACCCCAAAACAAAGAGACAUCUUUGGAAGAUCAUCUCAGAAGAGGUCAAGGAUAGGUGUGCAGUGGUGCUGACAUCUCACAGCAUGGAGGAAUGUGAAGCUCUUUGCACCAGACUGGCAAUCAUGGUGAGGGGCAAGUUUCAGUGCAUUGGCUCCUUGCAACAUAUAAAGAGCAGAUUUGGAAGUGGAUUCACAGUGAAGAUGCACUUGAAAGACUCAUCUGUCGAUGUUGAAACAAUUACUAGCUUUAUGCACUUUCACUUCCCAAAUACAUACUUGAAGGAUAAACACUUUGCCAUGGUGGAAUACCAUGUGCCUGUGUCUGCAGGGGGAGUUGCCGGUAUAUUUGAAGUUAUGGAACCCAGUAAAGCAAACUUGAACGUCAUUCACUUUUCAGUCAGCCAGACUACACUGGAUGAGGUUUUUAUCAACUUUGCCCAGUCACAAGCAAGUCCGGAUAAUUCUAGUGCAGACAGCCAAGAGUUUGACCAGGUUGUCGUAACAUAGGCAAGUGACAGAAGGUUUCAUAUUGGGAGAACAGUCUCAGGGAAAAUCAGCUCAAGCACCCUAUUGUCAACGCACUUUAUUAAAGGUCACCUUGAAAGACUAUUUCAUAUCUGCUGCACUAUGAAAUGCCUUCUGAGUCACGAGUCAGACAAGAAGUCAAUAUAUAAAUGUAUUUGCACAUGUAUGUGUGACAUAUAGUUGUUUAGACGUUAUGACAUUACUUUAUAAACUACCAUGUGAAACUUGAUGUAAAAUAAAGUGAAAAAUAUACAUUCAGAAGAGUCAUCUUGAAACUGAUAUACUUGGCAUUCUAGUAUAGAACUAAAUUUAACGAAAUUAAAGUGCACUUAUGAAGCUAAGAACUUUACUUACAACAAUAUAAUUAAAGUGAUUUAUACUAUGUCCAAACUAAUCAAAAUGAUGGUGAAAAAGUCACAGCCAGAACUCAAGGAACUGAGAUUUUUGUCUAAUCAGUUGUUUUUGAAGCCUAAUUUUUAGAUAAUCACAUUUCUUACUUUUUUGCAUAAAAUGCAAAACUGAAAAUGUUUACAA